GAAUAAACCAGUUGUUGGUUCGAAGUCGGACCGAUCGGACGUGAUUAUACUUUGUUCAUCUCAUUCCCUUGAGCGUACAGAAUUUUUAAAAACAAAAGAAGAUGUCGUUGCUAUUUCAGCAAAUGUCACAUCUCUUGGGAACCGCCAAUCUUUGGGCGUCGUUAACGCCUGUCGUCCUCACCUAUUUGUUCUACAGUUCGUUUGACAGCAGAAAUCCGGAGGGACGUGUGACCGACACUACCGAAUUUUUAACCGAGUACGACUUCAUCAUCAUUGGGGCCGGAUCGUCCGGUUCCGUUGUGGCUAAUCGGCUCACGGAAGUUUCCGAAUGGAGUGUGUUGCUGCUGGAAGCUGGAGGAGACGAAACGAUAGUGUCCGAUAUUCCGGCAACCGCAUUUUACCUCCAGCGCACCGACAUCGACUGGAAAUACAAAACAGUGACACAAACUGGAUCGUGCCUUGCAUUUUAUGACAACAAAUGCAACUGGCCUCGAGGCAAAGUGCUGGGUGGAUCAUCCGUCCUUAAUUACAUGUUGUACGUCAGAGGAAACAAACGAGACUACGACUCUUGGGCUGUGGAUAACCCCGGAUGGUCCUAUGACGAUGUUCUGCCUUAUUUCAUCAAGUCGGAAGACAACCGGAAUCCUUACCUUGCCGCAGACAAGAAAUAUCACGGAACGGGCGGCUAUCAAACCGUCCAGGAACCUCCGUUCACCACCCCACUCGCCACCGCCUUUAUUGAGGCUGGUGUGGAAUUGGGUUACGAAAAUCGCGACUGUAAUGGUGAAAAGCAGACAGGUUUUAUGAAGUCUCAGGGAACGAUCAGGAGGGGAAGCCGAUGCUCGACGGCGAAAGCAUUUCUCCGGCCCGUCCGCGAUCGAACGAAUUUGAAAAUAUCUAUGAACUCACUAGUCCACAAAAUUGUCAUCGAUCCGGAUACUAAACAAGCCACAGCCGUUCGCUUUGAGAAAAACGGACAAGUUUACGAAGUGCGAGCUAAAAAAGAAAUUAUUCUAUCGGCGGGAGCAGUCAACAGCCCGCAAAUAUUGAUGCUGAGCGGAGUCGGUCAUGCGGAACACCUAAAUUCGUUAAAAAUCCCAGUGAUAGCCGAUCUACCAGUAGGAGAUAAUCUGCAAGAUCACAUUUCUCUGGGCGGCAUGGUUUUCACCAUUAAUAAAACGUUUAGCAUCAUAGACACGCGAUACUUCACUAUUCCGUCGAUACUGAAUUGGACUAUCAACAGAUCUGGACCAUUAACGACGCUGGGUGGGGUCGAAGCCUUGGCGUGGGUUAAUACAAGAUACGCGGAAGCUUCCGGUGAUUAUCCAGACAUCCAGUUUAUGUUUGUCGGGGGUUCACCACCUUCUGAUUACGGCACUAUAAUCAAGGAAAACAAUGGAGUUAGAGAUGACGUCUGGGAGCAGUAUUACAAACCACUUGAGGGCUUAGAUACUUGGCAAGUCAUUCCAAAGUUACUCCGUCCGCAAUCGACGGGAACCAUCCGGCUGGCCGCCAACGAUCCAUACGCCGCUCCCUUAAUCGACCCGAAGUAUUUCAGCGUGGAACAGGACCUCAACGUUCUCAUUGAAGGAUCUAAAAUCGUCUUAGCUCUGAGCAAAACAAAAGCUUUCCAGGAAAUGGGAACGAAGUUUUACGACAAGAUUUUUCCAGGUUGUGAAGAUAAAACUCCGUGGACGGAUGAUUAUUGGGGUUGCUUCAUCCGUCAUUACUCUUCCACCAUUUAUCACGCGUCGUGCACCUGUAAAAUGGGCAAAGAAGGAGAUUCAACGGCCGUCGUCGAUCCUACGCUAAAAGUGUAUGGAAUCAAAGGAUUGCGGGUGGUCGACGCCUCCAUCAUGCCCAACAUAGUAUCUGGCAACACCAACGCUCCAGCGAUUAUGAUUGGAGAGAAAGCCUCGGAUUUGAUUAAAGAGUCUUGGCCACGAAAAAAAAAGUAUGAUGACAAAACGGCUUUUAAGAAAAAUAUAAAGGACGCAUAACAUACAUUGCAUAAAACGCCAAAAACCUUGAAUCUUAAGUAAAAUUUCAUGUACCCUCCCCAGUCAUCAGUAAUUGAACGUCAUUCACGAAUCACUUUUAAAAUAUACUCAU